UUGACAUUUCUGUUUCUGAAAAAGUUUCUAAAAAUCUACUUCUUUGUUGAUAAAAAGCAAACAUUUAAUUCUAAUUCUAUUUUUAAUUAACAAAAACACAUCAAAAUGGGUAAGGCAGAGGUUGGCACUCCUAAAUACCUGGCUAAUAAAAUGAAAGCCAAGGGAUUGCAAAAACUCAGAUGGUACUGCCAAAUGUGUCAGAAGCAGUGUCGAGACGAGAAUGGAUUCAAGUGCCACACAACUAGCGAAGCCCAUCAGAGGCAGCUGCUCCUGUUUGCUGACUCCCCUGGUAAAUUCAUCUUCAGUUUCUCCAAAGAAUUCUCCGAUGGCUACAUGGAGCUGUUGCGCCGCCGUUUCGGUACAAAGCGAGUGGCAGCAAAUAAAAUCUAUCAGGAGUACAUCGCCGAUAAGAGCCACAUUCACAUGAAUGCCACCCGUUGGCUGACACUAUCCGACUAUGUUAAAUGGCUUGGAAGAAGUGGACAGUGUGUGGUUGACGAGACAGAAAAAGGUUGGUUCGUCACCUACAUCGAUCGCAGUCCGGAGGCUCUGGAGGCACAAAAUAAACUGGACAAAAAAGAGAAGAUGGAAAAGGACGACCAGGAAAGGAUGAUGGAAUUCAUAGAAAAGCAAAUUGAGAAAGCGAAACAGUCGGAAAAGAAAGACGAACUAAGUGAGGACGAGAAGUACACAGAGUUUGUGAGAUAUGAGGAUGAACCACUUGUUCUGGGAAUCAAGCUGGAAAAGAAAUUCAAUCCAAAUAGCACAGCUUUGGGAAAAUCGUGUUUGUUAAAGCGACCAUCAGGGGAUGAGGAUGAAAAAGUUUUUAAAAAACCAAAGCCUCUAAAUAAACCGUCCUCUUCCUCAACAUCAUCCUCCUCAAGCACAUGUGCUCUUGGUGAAAUCAUGAAAAUGGAAGAAAUCAAAAAGGAGAAACAAAAUCGUAAAGACUAUUGGCUGACCGAAGGAAUCGUAGUAAAAUUCAUAGACAAAUCGUUAGGAGACAAGUUCUACAAGCAAAAGGCAGUCGUUCUAGAGGUGAUUGAUAAAUACAGAGGGAAGAUUAAGUUCCUGGAAACUGGAGAGAAAGUCAAGGUAGAUCAGGCUCACUUAGAAACUGUAAUUCCCGCUCUGGACAAACCCAUAAAAGUAGUGAAUGGAGCCUAUCGAGGCACCGAUGCCAUUCUGAAAAAGCUGGACGAGAAGAAUUUCUGUGUGACUAUAGAAAUAUCACGUGGACCGCUGAAAGGCAGAAUCGUUGAGCGCGUUCAAUACGAGGACAUAAGCAAAUUGCAUUGAAACAAAAACCACGCGUUUCUUUUAUUUAAAAUAUUUUUUUUAAUGUUUUUAAUGAAAAAUAGAAUAAAUUAAUUUAAGUUACUUAAGAGAAAACAAAAA